AUGGUGGAAGCUGCAAGAACGGUGACCUUUCCUGCUCUGCUCCUCGCCGCCGUCGUCUUGCUCUGCUCCUCGGGCGUUCUGGGAGUGGACGUUGUCGUCGAUGGAGGCGGGAGGCAGGCGGUUGCUCGGCGGAGGGUGGACGUCGGGGUGAUCCUGGACAGGAGCACGUGGCUGGGGAAGACGAGCUGGGCGUGCAUGGAGCUCGCGAUGGAGGACUUCUACGCCGCCAGGGAGCACGCCCACUACCGCACCAGGCUCAGGCUCCACCUCCGGGACACCGGCCCCGGCGCCGUCGACGCCGCCUCCGCAGGUGUUGAUCUACUGAAAAAUGUCCAUGUGCAAGCAAUCGUUGGGCCACAGAGAUCAACCCAGGCCAAAUUUCUUGCGGAGCUUGGGAACAAAUUGUCGGUUCCGGUUAUUUCAUUCUCUGCAAAUAGCCCAUGUGGAUCGCCCAGCCAAACUCCAUAUUUCAUCAGGACGGCAUGGAAUGACUCCUCACAGGCAGAUGCUAUUGCAUCGUUUGUUCAAAGAUUCAAUUGGAGAGACGUCAUUCCUAUCGUCGAAGAUGAUGAUUCCAACACCAGAUUCAUUCCAGACCUUGUUGAUGCCCUAAGACAAGCUGAAAUUCGUGUUUCCCACAGGUACAAGAUACACCCUUUAGCUGGACCUGACGACAUAAAGAAAGUCAUCUCAAACUUAAAACUCAAAUGGACAAGCAUAUUUGUCAUCCGGAUGUCAUAUGAGCUCGCUCUUAGUUUCUUCCAGCAUGCCAAGGAUGAAGGGAUGAUGGGCGAGGGCUUUGUAUGGAUUGCAGCUUACGGCCUAACAGACAUAUUUGAUUUACUUGGUUCUCCUGCAUUUGAUGUGAUGCAAGGAGUUAUUGGGAUGAAGCCUUAUGUUAAUGAUACUAAAAAACUUCAAAACUUUAGAGAGAGGUGGCGCAAGAAGUAUCAAUCAGAAAAUCCAGGUACCUUACUGAGUGAGCCCACAAUAUCUGGUCUCUAUGCAUAUGACACUGUGUGGGCAUUAGCAUUAGCAGCAGAGAAGGCUGGAUAUGUUAACUCAGACUUUCUUCUGUCUAAGAAAAAUGGGUCCACUGAUUUUGACAGGAUCAACACUUCCAAGGCUGCUAAAAAACUCAAGAGCACACUCAUAAAUAUUGAUUUCUUAGGCAUGAGUGGGAGAUUUCACAUUCAAGACAUGCACUUGCUAUCGAUGACUUACGAGAUAAUAAAUAUAGUUGGCAAGGAGAAAAGGGUGGUUGCUUAUUGGACACCAGGACUUAACAUUUCCAGAAGUCUAAAUACGAAAGUUAGUAUUGAUACCGUCAGAUGGCCAGGAGGGGGUACAACUGCACCUAGGGGUUGGCUAUUACCAAUAAAUAAAACACUCAAAAUCGGUGUGCCUGCGAAACCUGGGUUUUCUGAGUUUAUAAAACAUGAAAAUGGCACUUUUAAAGGGUUCAGCAUUGAUGUAUUCAACGAAGUUACCAAUGCAUUACCCUACAAAAUACUCUAUCGCUUUGAGCAGUUUGGAAAUGGUAAAGGGGAGAGUAAUGGAUCUUACGACACACUUAUCUACAAAGUUUAUCUUAAGGAAUUUGAUGCAGUGGUUGGUGAUAUUACAAUCUUGGCCAACCGUUCUUUAUAUGUGGACUUCACUCUUCCUUAUACUGAGUCGGGAGUGCGUAUGCUAGUUCCAGUCCAGGAUCGGCGACAGAAGACUGCAUGGACGUUCCUGAAGCCAUUAACAGCUGACUUAUGGUUUGGAACUGGGGCCUUCUUUGUCUUCACAGGUUUUGUAGUUUGGUUUAUUGAACACAGAACGAAUGAAGAAUUCAGAGGACCACCAGCCAGUCAAAUUGGAUCUCUCUUCUACUUUGCCUUCUCCACACUUGUUUUUGCUCAUCGGGAGAGGAUUGUGAACAAUUUAUCAAGACUUGUGCUAGUUAUUUGGCUUUUCGUGGUGCUGAUAUUGCAGCAGAGUUAUACUGCAAGCUUGAGUUCAAUUCUCACAGUGGAACAACUUCAGCCAACAGUCACCAAUUUAGACGAAGUCAUCAGGAAAGGGGGCUAUGUUGGCUACCUCAAUGAUUCCUUCAUGCCUGGCCUUUUGGAAAGGUUGAAAAUUGACAAAUCAAAAUUGAUUGCCCUUGACUCUCCUGUCGAGUACAACGAGGCUCUAUCAACUGGUAGAGUUGAUGUUGUUGUUGAUGAGAUACCAUACCUUAAAGUGUUCCUUUCAAAGUAUUGCCACAACUAUACUAUGGUUGGGCCAACUUACAAGUUCGAUGGAUUUGGUUUUGCAUUCCCUCGUGGCUCUCCACUCACUGCUGAGAUUUCAAGAGGAAUAUUGAACUUCACAUCAAGCAACAGAAUGGCCCAACUAGAGAAAGAUUUGUACAGCAAUAGAACAUGUCCUGACAAGAGCGACUCCCAAACUUCAAGUAGCCUUACAGUACGCAGCUUUCUUGGGCUAUUCAUCAUCACUGGAGCAUCUUCAUUACUGGCACUGAUCCUACAUGUUGCCCUAACCCUUUAUCAUCAUCGACAUGACUUGAGCAGCGACAGCGGUCAGAGUUCAUGGUGUGGAUGGUUCGCCAUUCUCAUCAAGAUAUUCCAUGAGCGUGAAAGACCUAAUGCUCCACAAAAUGCUGAUGAGCCGACAAUAACAAAUGCUAACAGUGCAGCUGAGACUCCAUUCAGCACACCUAAUCACACUGUCCAAAACGUUGAUUCAGACAGUGAUAUAGAGAGCUUACAAGAAGGAGAAGGAACACCAGGUAGGGAAGAAUUUGUUCAGGGCCCUGAUCCACCAUCUUUUUCAUACAUGCAUUCUGAGAGGCGGGCAAUGGACUAGUUUCUCCAUCUCCUGCAAGCUCAGCGACAAGAACACAACUAACAACUGAUCAUUGAUUCACUGAUUAUUGAUCCAUUUGAUUCUCAAUGUAUCUCUUGCUUCCAGUUUCAUCUGAAAUUACUACUUACCUCCGUUUCUUAUUGUAAGUCUUUUUAGUCUUGCCUAAAUUUAUUUAUGGAUGAAUGUAUAUAAUUUAUAUAUGUGUAUAGAUUCAUUAGCAUCCAAAUGAAUCUAGACAAUGCUAGAAAGACUUUCAUUACGAAACAGAGGGAUUAGUACCAACCUGUACCUAUGAUUUGUUUUCACAAAUUAGGUCGGCAAUGCCAGGCCAGUAUUGGCAUUGUGUGUGUAACUCAGUUCACAGUUGCUGCUAAUUAAAUGA